GAGACUCAGAGCCACAGCGGGCUGCUGUCUCACAGAGGGAGAGGGUGGCAGGAGCAGCCGAGUUGUCUCUCUCUGCCUCUGUGAAGGGCGCGAAUGGGCAGAGCAGAACUUCUAGAAGGGAAGAUGAGCACCCAGGAUCCCUCAGAUCUGUGGAGCAGAUCCGAUGGAGAAGCUGAGCUGCUGCAGGACUUGGGGUGGUAUCACGGCAACCUCACGCGCCAUGCUGCCGAAGCUCUUCUCCUCUCAAAUGGGUGUGACGGCAGCUACCUUCUGCGGGACAGCAAUGAGACCACUGGGCUGUACUCUCUCUCCGUUAGGGCCAAAGAUUCUGUUAAACACUUUCACGUUGAAUAUACUGGAUAUUCAUUUAAAUUUGGCUUUAAUGAAUUCUCAUCUUUGAAGGAUUUUGUCAAGCAUUUUGCAAAUCAGCCUUUGAUUGGAAGCGAGACAGGCACUCUGAUGGUUCUAAAACAUCCCUACCCAAGAAAAGUGGAAGAACCCUCCAUUUAUGAGUCUGUUCGGGUUCACACAGCAAUGCAGACAGGAAGAACAGAAAAUGACCUUGUGCCCACAGCACCUUCUCUGGGCACCAAAGAAGGUUACCUCACCAAACAGGGAGGCCUGGUCAAGACCUGGAAAACAAGAUGGUUUACUCUGCACAGGAAUGAACUGAAAUACUACAAAGACCAGAUGUCACCAGAACCAAUUCGGAUCCUAGACCUAACAGAAUGUUCAGCUGUACAAUUUGAUUAUUCACAAGAAAGAGUAAACUGUUUUUGUUUGGUAUUUCCAUUCAGGACAUUUUAUCUCUGUGCAAAGACCGGAGUAGAAGCUGAUGAGUGGAUCAAGAUAUUACGCUGGAAACUGGUCAAGGACAAAAGCUGGUUUAUUUUGUCUGCUCUCUAUAUAUCUCCCGGGGAGAAGACUGAUCACAAAUAAGAAAACAGCUCAACCGAGGGGAAGGUACGAUCCGAUCUCGGUCGUUCAUCUUUGAAUAGAUCUUUCUUGCCAAAGACUGCUCUGGCCCAGGAGCAAGGUGGAAUGUUCCCUGAUGCUGUGAUCUGCAGCAGGCUUCAAAUGAAAACCAGCUAAGGAUUUUCCUUUAAAAACAAAUCAGAAGCAGUUGCUGAUUGGGACCCAUAUACCACGUUGCUGAUUCACGUUGCUGCCUCUCCAUGAUGUUGCCAUCUCCUUGAGAAUGCUGAAGCAAUCACCAUUCUGAUAGAAAGUGCUUAAACCACCACUCUUAGGUCUGCUCACUCGUAGAACACACAAUGGAGGAGGAAGGGUUUUUGUUUUCACUCAUUGUGGUCUCCAAGCCUAUUGACACUAGUUGCCUAGAGUCCCACUCUGAGUCAUGGUCAGCCUGUCUGACAUCCAGGUUGUGCUAUUAACCAGGAAGGAAACAGAUACUUAGAAGCUUAGAUGACUUCUGCAGGAUUUAUACUGAGACAGCAAACAUCAUAUAUUUUCAGGGAAGAGGUUUAUUUUUUUUUUUUUAUUUUUUUUAAUUUAAUUUUCCCUCUUUAUACAAAAAAAAAGAGAACAUUUCCAAAACUAAAAUGGAAAAUGCUUGUGGCUUUUAUUUUCUCUUUUUAAAAGGUUCAGAAAUUUGGUGAGUCCUUUGCUUCUAAUGAUAAAACUGUGAGAGCUAGAUGUCCUAUGGGCAAUUAGGUAGUGUAAUAAAGGUAAAUGAAGGUACAAUUUUUAAGCCAUUAUUUUCACCCUUUGGGGGUAAACGUUUUAAAGAGUGAGAAAGCAUAAACUGAGGAAGGGUGAUAAAGCAGUAGGUAACUUUUAGUUUAAUAAUGGUUAUUGUCAUGAGGGUAAUCAUAAUAGACGCUUGUAAGCACUGAGCUAUCUUUAACCUUUUCUCCAAAUGGACCAAAAGACACUUCUCAAGGACAGUGUAUUUUAACAGUUCCUUUCCCAGAAUUAGUUGUAUAGGGUUGACCCAAGAGAUGUAAGAAAAAUCUUGCAUUGCUCCCUAAGCACCCCGGGCCUUACUAAAGAGCAACUUCUAUUUCCAGUUGGGGGAGUAACACUAAAGCUACAUGAAAUAUGUAAUAAUGAUAGGUAAUAAUAUGUUCCAAAGCUUUUUCAAAUUAGAAUAAGGAGACAAACAGAAGAAUGAGAUACUGAUGUCCACAGUUCAUUGGUAGACUCUAACCCCUUCUGUUAUCUUUUUUAAUACUAUUUUUGUUUAGAUAGAAGUUUCAAAGAAGAUAAAAAUGCUUGAAGAGCCUGAGAGUAAAAAGAUUAUGAUGCAAAGUUAUGAUAUAAACUGCUCUUGCAGUCCAAAGGGAUACCUGGUUAAAGAAGUUUCUUAUUUAAACAUCUAAGACUCAGAAAUUACAUUAAAUUUGUGUAUAUUUCAACACCGUUUUAAAUGUAUUUUGUUAUGUUUGUAUUAUAUGGGAUAAAGCAAAUGUUGAGUUAAAAUGCAUUGUGUCAUUUGUAAAGUAAGAAGUUACUGGCCGGGCGUGGCGGCUCACGCCUGUAAUCCCAGCACUUUGUGAGGCCAAGACAGGCAGACCACUUGAGGACAGGAGUUCGAGACCAGUCUGGCCAACAUGAUGAAACCUUGUCUUUACUAAAAAUACAAAAAUUAGCUGGGCAUGGUGGCAGGUGCCUGUAAUCCCAGAUACUCAGGAGGCUGAGGCAGAAUUGCUUGAACCUGGGAGGUGGAGGUUGCAGUGAACCAAGAUCACGCCACUGCACUCCAGCCUGGGCAACAGAGCCAGACUCCGUCUCAAAAAAAAAAAAAAAAAAAAAAAAAAAAACAAAACCAGAAGUUACAAAUGAAUCCUCACGGAUGUAUAUGGUUCUAUGUUUGUUUUCUUAGAAAGAAAUGUGUUUCUUUGUGUGUAAUACUGUGUUUUACUAUGUUUACCUUUUAUAAAACGUAACCUGUUUAUUUAUAUUCUUUGACUCUGUUUAUUAAAAAGAGCAUGAUUUUGCUGUGUAUGUACUAUUUUGCUAUUAAAAUAUAUUUUAAUAUUUGUAACUUGAAA